AUGCCAACCUCGGAGGAAAGGCCCGAGACGGACCCCAAAGCCAAUGUUGGAGAUGCUACUAAGGCCCCUCGGAUGGUCUGUUACUUGUGCCGACGACGUUUCGCCACUCUAGAGCACUUGCUGCGCCAUGAGGAACUCUCCGAUCUCCAUAGAGCAAAUCUAGAAGAACUGGAUCAUACGAUCUCUUCGAAACGCUUGGAAUUACGCCAGACUGUAGCAAAAACAAGAAUAGCCUUGGAAGCUCUAUCGACUGUUGAGGAGAAGAAGGAGCUGGAGAGGAAACUUGAAGAGGCCGAGACGACUUUGGGCUCCUUGCAAGAGAACUUCGAGAGGCGUAUCUGUGUCUCUACUUCGACUCACGUGGACCAGACAGGUGUCGUCCAUCUCCACGCGGAGCAGUUGGAUAAGCUGGGCAAAGAAGAUAUCAAUAAAGGAACUCCCAAGUUGGUCCACCUCGGUAACUCUGGAAUGAGAAUCUGGGUCGGAGCAAGCACAUGGAAAGGGAACAAGAGGACCAAUGAGGACAGGUUCAUGCUGGACUUAUCUCUCGUCACUCCAGACACAGAUCCUCCAGUCCACGGUGUUGCCGUUUUCGAUGGUCAUAGUGGUUCGACGUGUGCCGACUAUACGGUGGACCACAUAGGAAAUAGCAUAUCCCAAUGCCUUGCAGCAAGGGACCCUACCAUUCCUUUUCAACAGCGACUAGAAGAAAGCGUCCGGCAAGCAUUCAUCCUCACUGAUGAAGAUUUUCUCCAGAUGGCAUCGGCUCGUGACAUCCCUGAUGGAACGACAGCGUUGAUGGCAAUUAUGUGGGCUGACUCUGAGGAGAAGCUGAAGAUACUCGUUGCGCACGCGGGAGAUUCUCGAGCUAUCCUAACCAGGAGCGGUGGAAUGGACUGCGUGAGGUUGACGGAGGACCAUAAGCCUAGUCGGGAGGAUGAGCGGCAGUGGAUUGAGAAAAGGGGAGGAAUUGUGAUCGAGAUCAACGGCACGUGGCGGGUUUUUACUCCCGAAAUCGUUGUUGUUGGUGACAAAGUGCUUCAAUGGGGACUGGCCGUUUCCCGCUCGCUGGGUGACCUCCCUUUGAAGAGUCCUCGAAUGGUGAUCAACAAUCAUCCAGAAGUCAGAGUACACGACCUCGACCCCGCGAUAGAUCGGACAGUGGUCUUAGCUUCGGAUGGAGUGUUUGAUGUCCAAUCUGAUGACAUGAUAGCCUCACUGCUGGCUACCCAGUCACCUUGCAAUCUAAUUAAACCUGAUGCAUGCGCCCGUCGCAUCGUUCGGCGAGCAUAUGAGCUUCUAUCUGACGACAACCUCACUGCCGUGGUAGUUCAUAUCGUGCCAUCCGAGAUUGAAAUCUCCGAUGAGAUCAAGAGUCGGAAGCGGCCGCCUACCGAUGAGGAGCCCAUCUCAAGAAAUGCGAAGAAAAGCCGUCGAACGCUAUGA